CUCCUUUUGAAGUCAAUCAUGUUUGCAUAUACGCGAACAACUACCUAAACUCAUUAGUACGCUUCGGGAGUCACAAUCCACGAAGAUCCGGUCUGGUCGCGUUUUUGUCACCAUUCAGACUUCUUAAUCCUCAAUCUCAUAAGUCUAUUGUUAUUACCUAGUAGCAGUGCCUCUUAAACGUACGUAAGGGUCAAGUUCUUGUCACAAUCUGGGAUCAUUCGAGGGUCCAAGUUUAUCGCUCAUAUACAGCUUCCCUGGCGUCGCCUACAGGUGUCAAUUUUAGGUGCACUGUUUGCGCCUCAACCUGUUUGGAAAUUCACACAAAGCGCUCGUUCGAUAAUAUAAGAACAGCCUGCGGAGAUUGCUUCGCGAGGCACUCCUUUCUACCUUUGUACCUCUUGACACAGUUCAAGUAUUUCUUCGGCACGUUGUAUAAGUAUCUCAUUAUCACAAACUCCUCUCGUUCAACAGACCAUGUUGGACUUACUCUCCAAAGAUCGAAUAGUCGACGAGGCAGGCCUCAGAGCCGCCCUGUAUCAUCUGGACGCAGUCUCAAGUUCAGGAGCCACCAGAUUGCAAGCCACAGUCGAACAUAUGCUGUCAUCACCCUAUGUUUUUGCAUAUAUCAUUUCCGUUUGGGAUCGUCGUGAGGCAAUGAUCUCACAGAUCAUGACAGACUUUCCAACGAAAUCUCAAGAAUAUCCAGUAUCCAUUGCGAGCAAGAUGCUAGACAAUUUGUCUAUUUACUUUUUAGCCUUGCCAGUUGAGUCUCUGCCGGUAGAAGUCUCAAGGGACAUCAGCCGCCACAGAGGCUUCAUCGAGGGCGCUUUACCCGUACUUUGCGCGUUGAGCAUCAUGAAAUUUGCUAGUGCAAAGGCAUUUGAAGACGAGAUUGAUCUAUUCGACAUCGAAUCUGAUGAUGGAUUCAUCAAGAAGAAAGUGCCUCAGAAAAUUCGCAAGCGUAAUCGCCAGAAAGUUCAUACGACUAUUGACACAUCACUCUUCGUCAGGCUUGGUGUGGUUGUGCCUCCCACCAGUGAGGCCGCCAUAUCAUUGUCCUCUUACAUUCUUACAGAGCUGAAAAAUAUUCUGUCGUUCUAUUUCUCGCUUCUGCGGAGGACGGAAUUGGCAGGCGACAUCAGAGCCUUACUCUUCCCAAAUGUGGGAGAGUCUGCCAAAGAUGCUGUGCCUGCAGUUUCGUCAACCGAAGAUAUCGAGAGCCCGACAAACGGACCCAACGCGUAUCCAAUGGUACAGCCCAUGAAGGCUGCGCUUUACUUCGACAACGCAGAUGGGUUCGGAGAGUGGCGAAUCCUCAUAUCUACUGAAGCCUAUAAAAAUUUGCGUGAAUUCCGUAGAGCAGAUGAGAAGAUAUUCAAGAUCAUCGUCAAGAAGAUCAAGCAACUAUCGAAUGGUCAUUUCUCAGAUGAUAACCACAAACGGCUCAAUGGGCCGGAUGCAGGCAUACCUAUCCACGAGGCCAAGAUGACAAGGGAUCUACGUUUGGUAUACCAGAUCGACUGUGUUCCUGACCAGGACGGAAAGUCCGAAAGACAAGUAAUCAAGGUAUACGGCAUCUAUACGCAUGCGCAACUUGGCAGAAUAUGGGACGCCUUGGGUAGCCAUCUCGCGCGCAAGGGCAGAGAAUAUCGUAGAAGGUGCAUCUUUCGGAACAGACCAGUCUUUUCUAAUGACAGCGUGAUUCUGCCGGCGUCAUUCCCACCGGCUGAACCUGAGCUAGAAUGUUCGGGAAGCCCACUUGAUCUGAGUGAUAAGGACAUGGACCGCCUUCACUCUUUGCUUGUUUUGGAGAAAUACGUCACAUUCUCACAGGCAUUCCUGCAUAGUCUCAUUGCAAACCAAGACGUGCAGCACGUGUUCAUACUCACACCUCAAGAACAAAAGAUUGUCGAGUGUGGCACGUCGUGUUAUGUCUUGGGUCGCAGCGGCACGGGAAAAACCACGACGAUGCUGUUUAAGAUUCUCGGCAUCCAACGAGCUUGGGAGAUGAGUGCCGUUGACAUGCCGAAGCCACGCCAAAUCUUUGUCACCAAAUCCAGAGUGCUCGCCACGAAAGUGGAAGAGUAUUUCACGAAGCUUCUCGAAUCUCUUGCGUUGGCAGGCUAUACCCUGCAGGAACUUGCGAAAAUGAAGGCGCAAAGUAUCCAGGAGGGCCUUGUUGAUCUCGACGACCUGCCUGAGUCAUUGAUGAACAUACCCAUGAAAUACAGUGAGCUUGAGGACAAGCACUUUCCUCUUUUUGUGACUUUCGAUCGACUGGCAAAGAUGGUUGCAGCAGAUAUCUUGAGCAAGGACGUCCCCGAAACGAGAGAUAAUGCAGGACUCUUCUUCAAUGUUGACGAUGCUGAGGCGCAUGACUGUUUCGUCACCUAUGAUGUAUUCGCAAAUCAAUACUGGCCUCAUUUUCCGCAGAAUCUCACUAAGAAUCUCAACCCAUGGUUGGUUUUCAGCGAAUUUAUGGGGAUCGUCAAAGGCUCCGAACACGCGCUGACCUGUCCUGAAGGAGUUCUCGAUCGCCCAAACUACCUCUGUCUUCCUCAUCGUUCUAACCCAAAUUUUGCGAAUCAGAGGGGAAUUCUGUAUGACAUCUUCGAGAUUUAUACUAAAAUCAAGAGGCAACGACGUCAUCAUGAUGUUGCAGACCGCACGCAUGCGGUACUCAAGGUCUUGCGGAGCCAGGGGUUGCCUGGCCAAAAGGUCGAUUAUCUGUAUGUCGACGAAGCACAAGACAACCUUCUGAUCGACGCACUCUUUUUGAGGCAAUUAUGCAGGAAUCCAGAUGGUUUGUUCUGGGCUGGGGACACCGCACAGACAAUCUCUGCAGGGAGUUCCUUUAGGUUCGAUGAUCUGAAAGCGUUUCUCUACCGUGUGGAGCAGCAGCAAAAUACCUCGGUCAAUUCCGUUGGAGCAUAUCUUCAUCAGCCCACGAUGUUUCAAUUGGCGAUCAACUACAGAUCGCACGGUGGCAUUGUCAACUGCGCGCAUUCUGUGAUUGAACUCAUCACAAAAUUUUGGCCCAACACAAUCGAUAACCUUCGGCCAGAAAAAGGGGUGGUUGAUGGGCUGAAGCCUGUAUUUUUUACCGGUUGGGAUAAAGACACCGUUCGUUAUGAACAGUUCCUGUUCGGGGCGAGUGGUAGCCACAUUGAAUUCGGAGCCCAGCAGUGCAUUCUCGUGCGUGAUGAUGCUGCACGUCAGAAGGUGCGAGAACAAGUAGGCGAAAUUGGACUGAUCAUGACCCUUUACGAAAGCAAAGGCCUGGAAUUCAAUGACGUGCUGCUGUACAACUUUUUCGAGGAUUCUGUUAUAGAUUUGUCGCAAUGGCGCAUAGUUCUCAAUGGGGUAGAGGGUCAAGAGCAUGCACCAAACUUCGAUCGUGAUGAGGCACGAUAUGCUGGGGUUUGUAGUGAGCUCAAACUUCUUUAUGUGGGAAUCACUCGAGCAAGGAAGAACAUGUGGAUCGUCGACAAGUCCGAUAAAUCAGACCCGAUGCGGAUAUUCUGGACCUCUCGCAAUCAGAUCCAAAAUUGUACCCCUGGCACCGAUGUUCCUCAUCUAGCUGUCUCCUCGACUCCAGAGGAAUGGGCCUCCUUUGGGCGUUCACUAUUCUCGCACAAGCGUUACCCACAGGCUAUCCAUUGCUUUGAACGUGCUAACCUUCAUCGUGAGGUGAAGGUCUGUGAAGCAUAUCAACUGCGAGAAGUCGCACGUUCUUCUGUCGGAGUGGCCAUACUUAGCAACCAGAAAAGAGCUUUUAACGCGGCAGCUGAUGCCUUUACUGGUUGUGGUGCGACCGCGACAGGAAAUCAGAAGCUCCAAUAUUAUCGUAACUCAGCAGAUUGCUACGUUCGAGCAGGGGAUGAUCUUAAAGCUGCUGAGGCCUAUCUCAAUGCUCAAGAGUUCGAGCAAGCAGCGAAGAAAUAUCGCAAGGCUGGUCGAUUUGACAAGACUCUCCAUGUGCUUGAUGACCAUGGCACGAAUAUCUCUGAAGAGACCACGGCGGAGUUAUGGACAGUGUGCAGACUGUUUUACUGCAGCAGGAACAACACUCAGGCUCCCUUGCGUCUCUUCUCGACAUUUGAUGAGGAACUCGAGUUUCUGGAAGACUAUGAUCUCGAUUACGCUCGUGCCUCAUUGCUCGAAUCUCACUCAAGAUACUAUGAGGCCGCAGAGCUCCACUUGUCAGAGAAUAGGCCCUUGGAAGCUGUCCGAGCAUUCAUCAAGGACAACAGCAACGUCGAUUCUACUAUUCGUGCGGCCGACACUAUAUUGGAAUACUUCUGGCGCAAGUGCUCUUUCAGAAUCACUGCAAAAACCGCCCUCGCUGAUGAGCCGAUGCGGCAUUUCAUUGAUCUCGCUGAUCAACUAGAGACGAACAAGCUAACGCCGGAGACGCGUGAUCUAAUAUCGAUGUUUCGGAACAUCUUGCGCGGCAAUCAUGAGCCGUUGAGAAAUCUUGCGCUUGCUUUCCAUGAACAUAAUAAGCCAGCAGCUCUCCUUUGUCUGGACCAUGUAUUCUCUCGAACCACAGACAUUCGAACUUUCGCGGUCGAUGAAAUGCAACGGUUCCUUCAACAAUUCCACGCCUAUGCGCGACUGCUUUAUCUGAUUUUGACCUUCCCUGACCCCAUGGAGCAUAGGGGUAUUCAGAGACUGUUCUCCAUCGUGCGGCUGUCCGGUGACGAGUUUCUCAUACCUGAUGGAACGUUCCUCCACGGCUGUGUGAUGGAAAUCCGCCAAGGCAUCACUUUGGUGUCGGAACAUUCGUCCGGGUAUACAUCCUCGCGCAGAAACGUCACGGAACUACUACAAAUAUUCAUCCGUACUGUCUUGAAAGACAAAGUGUCGGAGAUUGAUGUUAUGUGUUGCAAAUCCCCGGUUUUCUCGCAGUGCCUGCCAUUCUUAGUCUCCGGAAUAUGUCGAAGAGAUAAUUGUCCCCAGGAGCAUGUCACAAUAUCGAAAUUGGAUCGCCUGUAUUACAAUUCUCGUGUUGCCAUCCACAUCUGGCAGAUUCUCAUCCUGCAAUUCAUGUACUCCGCUCAUCCAUAUAUUGAACGACGCGAUAGCAUGAGGGACUGGCUCAAUCACCUUUACGAGGCACUCAAUCCACCCUUCUUCAUUCAAGGUUCUCCCGCGGACCUUGACAUGAGUCUAAUGCCUUUUCGUCUGGAUGGCAUGAAAGUGGUGAAGCUCUGGAUCCGCGAAUCCUUCUAUUCACUCGAUCCUUUCUGGGUUAACUCUCAGUUUUUGACGGCUGUGAUGAGGAUCACAAGUCUAAGUUUUGCUUUUGACAGAAACGACGCAUCUACCUACAUCUCUCGAGCAAAAUGUAUCGUCUCCAGGCCGGCCGAGCUCAUUCGCAGAGGAGACAAUCGCUAUAUGCUUACAGACCUGCUCAACUCUUACCGAGGAGCUAUCUGUAGCAGCGUCUCGUCGGGAAUUCUGUUUCUUCUACAUGUCCUCGACAACCGUUUGUACACCAAUCUCUCUGUCCUGUGUGACUGCAUCGAAGACGUCUGCAGCGCUUUUAUAAUCAAGUACCGAAUGGACCCAGCAUUUAAUGAUUUCCCCCUCCACAACGCCCUCCUUCCAUGCAGUUGGCUGUUGUCUCCCCACAAAUUUAAUGCGGAGAAAGAAACUAGGCUGGUUUUGAUGGAUGGCCUCCUGAAUGCGAUGGCGAGGUUGGUCGAAGCAUUGCGCACGGAGGCCGGCAUGGAAUUCCUCUGGCUGAACCAUACGAAACUUACGCCUAUUCUCCGUAAUAUUUUCAUUUCCCGGAUCUGCAGAGUUCUCUGCCUUCUUGCUCAUAAUAUCAGAAAUCGCCCCAUGAGAGACAAAGUUGACAAGAUCAUGCUGUCUCUGCACAAGAACAACCCUCCUUCGAGUUGGCGUACAGCUAACUAUCGGAAACUCGUAGACGACGUGGUCAAGUACAUGACACCCUUGCCAGGACGGAUGCCACCUUCAGACGGUUACCUGCGAGCUCUCCUGGCUUUCGACAACAACAAAGGAGUGAGCGAUCUGGUGCACCUUGUCCACAAAACGAUGAACCAGCAUACCCGAGUCCAUAUAGUCCGACGGCUCGUAUACGAGAAGAUCAUCGAGAUCCCCCAUCUCCUUUCGUCGUACGCAGUGAUCGCGCAGUCUACUCUGAGAGUGGAGGCCCCGGCCUUUGUACCUCACUUAGAACAUUCCAAGGACCGACCAGAGGUUAUGCAGCACGAUGAGAAAGAGAUAACGGAACCCCAGCCUCAAGAGUUCGAAGGAGCAGAUGAAAAUGAGGAAGAUGUCACGGCGAAUACUGGUGCUGAGACCCGUGAUACGUUGGAGACUUUGGAUGAGGCGGUGACGUCGCUUGCACCUGAUCUUGAUGAGUCGCUACGCUCUAACGGACCAUCAGUAGAGGAAAAAGAGGCAGCUCGCAAGAUUCAGAACGCGUACCGCCGUUACGUUAAACGUCGCUCAAGUCGUGCAGUGAAUGCUGAAAUCGAUGCGAUAUUCAUGACAUGCCUGAAGGAGACACAGUCAUCUGAAUGGCGUGAGACGCAGUCCUCUGAAUGGCGUCCAGGUCAUUACAACUUACUUUUCCUUGGACCAUUGCCUCACCUUCUGGUGUGCCUGGAACGAGGCAUUGCUCUGACUCGUGCUGCCAAAGCGAAGACGAAAGGCCUUCUCAACAAGGAAUCUCAUGAAAAACUUGAGGAGCUGGGCAAGCAGAGAAGCGAGAUAGCAACGCUCCUCAAGAAAGGAUCGAAAUUGCGCAAGCAGCUGGAACCUUCCUCACCAGCUCAUCGUGCCCGUGACAUUGAGGCACUCAAAUGUGGAGUUCUAGAAGUCAAGGAAUUCAUGCAUGGGGUUCCCGGCAACAUGCAAGGUAUGCAAUCCGAGUUUCAAAUGGCCUAUAAGGGUAUUGUUGCAGAGAAGAAGGUUCGUGCGCGAAAGGAGAAAGAGAGACCUACUCUCAAUGUCGAGGAUAUCGACGAGUAUUGAUUUUACUUGGGUUGUGGAUAGUCGAGACCGCCAUUUCAUCGUGUAUCGAUAUAUUGUAUGUCCGUAAUCAAUGUCUGUGCGCGCGAGAGCAAACCCAAAUGGAUAAUAAACCAGAAUAGAACACUUACAAUACGGGAACUAUCAUACUGCGGCCCAUACCAUUGGAGGUCAGCUCACUGCAUGCCACUAGCUUGCUGAUUAACAGCCUGUCCCAACAGCGAUCGUUUCCAAAGUCCAAAGUGCUGCAGGACGUGCCAAAGUCACUAUAUCAUUGGGGCAGGGCCGCACUCGCUCUCUUAUCAGCGACCUCCCAACAUGUUUACAUCAUUGUGUAUGGUGGUGGGCAACGCCCGCCAACAAGGCGUGACGCUUAUAUAAGCCAAAAACCCCUAAAUGGUCCAUUUUCUUGAAACCGAGUGCGUACUCAACGGCAAAGCAGUUAUUGUGCAUUAUAUUGUGGUGGAAACUAGUGUAGAUUAUGCUAAAGUAU